GAAGAUGAUGAAGAUGAUGAAGAUGAUGAAGAUGAUGAAGAUGAUGAUGGUCCUCGUCCUCUCUGGUCUCCUCUGUGUCUCAGCUGACGAGGAACAUCUGGACCUUCGUAUCAACGGCUGUUCAGAGUCUGAUGGAGAGUAUUUGUAUGGUCUGGAUGGUGAAGAGAAGUGGUACGCAGACUUCAUCAACAAGAGAGGAGUCGACAUUCAACCCAGUUUCAUAGAUCAUAUUUCCUACCCAAAAGGAACUUAUGAAAAAGCUGUGGCUAAUCAACAGAUCUGCAGACAGAACCUGGAAAUAGCACUUAAAGGCCUCAAGGACCCACUGGAGAACGAUGCUCCUUCCAGUGUGAUGGUCUACCCCAAAGAAGACGUGGAGCUCAGAGAGAAGAACACCCUCAUCUGUUAUGUGACUGGUUUCUAUCCUGCUCCUGUCAACUUCUACUGGACAAAGAACGGAGAGAACGUCACCCAAGGAACCAGCACCAACGUUCCCUACCCCAACAAAGACGGUUCCUUCAACCAGUUCUCCAGACUGGAGUUCAUCCCACAGCUGGGAGACAUCUACAGCUGUACAGUCAAACAUCUGGCCCUGGACCAACCACUGACCAGAAUCUGGGGUGUGCAGAAGACAGCCCCAGGUAUUGGACCUGCGGUUUUCUGUGAUGUUGGUGUGACUGUGGGUCUGCUCGGUGUGGCCGCUGGAAUCUUCUUCUUCAUCAAAGGACACGAGCGCAGCUGAUUGGUCGGGUCUGAUGAUGUCAUUAGGAUGAAGAAC